AUGGAGCGUUCGAAGAAUCUCCGCCGAGACGCCUCAGGCGACGAGGACGACAAGGAUGUCUUUGAUGAUGAUCUCUCUGCGGGCAGCGAGUCGAGCGACGAAGAAGCCGACGUCCGCAGAGACGGUGCCGCGCAGAACGGCGCCGCGCCGGCGCCUGACGCCAAAGCGGGACAGCGGUCCCCUGGAGGCGAAGAGGAGACCGGCGGAGACUUCUCCACGGAGCAGGGCGAAGUUGACGACGGGCGCGCCCUCUCGCGUGAAGCGGAGAACGGCGAAUGCGACGCGGAGAACAACCUGGGGGAGGGCGCGAACGGGAAGGGAGGAGAUGAACACUUCAACAGGCAGCUCCGGGGGAAGUCGACCUGGCAGCUGAUUAAGGAAGAUCCUUCCUUCGUGCCGCGCGGGAGCUCCUACUUCCUCCACGACGACCGCGGCGAAGGCGAACUCUCCGGAGAGGAGCCUGGCAGCGAAGACGAGGUCCGCCGCGGCACGACGCGAGCUUUCGCGGACGAAGAAAGCGAAGAAGAAACGCGCAACGAUGACAUCCCGCGCAGCACACAAACCAGAGUAGGCAGGUCGCGCAAGCUCUGGAGCCCAGAGGAGCGCGAGAAGGGCGACGGAGGGAAGUGGCUGCAUGAUCGUUUCGAGACUCUGCUGACUGAGACCGAGCCGCGCGGAAACGGUGGCUUCUCCCGGGGGCGGGGUCGGCGCUUCUUCGCGCGCUCGAGUCCGCCGGCAUUCGACUACCAGCGCAGGCCCUUCGGAGGCGGGCGCGGCGGGCGCCGAGCUCGUUGGGCUCCACGGGGCGGCGAGGCGCCGGGCGGAGACGCGGUCGAUCGCGAGGGCGAGCCGCGAGACCAGUUCGGGCCGUCUGGGCGCGGCGUAGGAGGCGCGGCGGAGUUCGCUGAGGACAGCGACAGACGCUUCGGCGGCCGCCGAAGCCGCGGUGUGGGACGCGUCCACCGCCGCAGCAGCAGCCGUUGGAGGGAGACAGAGAGGAGACUGGCAGACGGCGCACACGAGGGAGUUGACGAAGGUGCGGAGAAAACCUGGGUCGCGGCGAAACCGCCUGCGGGGGCAGGCGAAGGAGACGGCGGACAAGAGGGCACUUUCAGUACGCGUCGCGGAGGACGCGGGGGCCGGCGAGGCCGCAGAGGCGAGCGCCCUCGCGGCACAGAGGCGCCGACGUAUGUCGUGAAGGGCUCCGCGGAGACGCGCGCGGCGAGUGAGCCGGAGCAGCUGCCUCAAGCCAGCGCCGAAAGACCGAGGGGGCCGCGCGGCGCCGUUGAUCGGCCCUUUCGAGGAAGCCGAGGUCGGCGCGGAGGCGCACGGACUGGUUGGGCGGUGCGCGCGGAUAGAGGCCUGGCGGCGGCAGCCCAAGUGAGCACCUGA